UGGGAAAGGCGCCCUAGCCCAGAGCUCAGCCAGCGGCCGCCGAGAGAGCAGGCAGGGCGGUCGGGGAUAAUGGGGGAGAGUGCGCUCGAGCCGGGGCCCUUGCCCGGAGCGCCGGUGGGGGGCCCGGUGCACGCAGUCACAGUGGUGACCCUGCUGGAGAAGCUGGAGGUCAUGCUGGAGGCGCUGCGCGAGCGGCAGGGGGGCCUGGCUCGGCGGCAGGGCGGCCUGGCGGGCUCUGUGCGCCGCAUCCAGAGCGGCCUGGGCGCGCUGAGUCGCAGCCACGACACCACGAGCAACACACUGGCGCAGCUGCUAGCCAAGGCGGAGCGCGUGGGCUCCCAUGCCGACGCCGCCCAGGAGCGCGCCGUGCGCCGCGCCGCCCAGGUGCAGCGGCUGGAGGCCAACCACGGGCUGCUGGUGGCGCGCGGGAAGCUCCACGUUCUGCUCUUCAAGGACGAGGCUGAAAUCCCAGCCAGGGCCUUCCAGAAGGCGCCGGAACCCUUAGGCCCUGGGGACCAGCCCGAGCCCGGCCCAGAGCAGCUGGAGGCCGAGGUGGGGGAGAGCUCGGACGAGGAGCCCGUGGAGUCCAGGGCGCGGCGGCUGCGACGCACCGGGUUGCAGAAGGUACAGAGCCUGCGAAGGGCCCUUUCGAGCCGGAAAGGCCCCGCCUCACCCUCGCCCACGCCUGUCAAGCCACCACGCCUUGGGCCCGGCCGCAUUACCGAAGGCCAGCCUGAAGCCCAGCCUGCGCUGGAGUCCGAGCAGGAGCCAGAACCUCUACAGGGCACGGAGGAAGAGGAAAAUCCUGGGAGACCUGAGGCUGCUGAAGCGGCUGUGCUCCAAAUACAGAGUGCUGCCUAAUGGUUGGCGCUGCCUGCCUCCCCUGUGCCUGUGCCUAGUCCCAAAAUAAAUCUUCCUGUCAACGCAGUAUUCACACCCAAAUAAGGAGUGAAUCCUGCAUGCACAGCCCAGCUCCCGCCUUCCCUUCCCGGCUCCUCCAGACCAGCUUGUGUCCUAAAAGGGUGGCCACUCACGCCUGCCUGCAAGCACUGUCAAUAAAAGUGAUGUCACUUGAUCCAGACUCCAGGUGAGGGGGUGGGGGGAAGCAACCUGGAAUGUGGCUUCAGUUGUAAACAGGUCACUGUAUGAUUUCUCCAGUUUCCACUGAAUCGUGGGCUCUGCUCAGUGGCACAUAGAAAUAACCUGGCCACUCCUUCUCAAGCACUCCCCUCAUGGGGAAGCACCUGGUCCACUCCAGUGAUUUAGGGGCUCCUCUUUGUUAUUCCUUUACCACCUCUUAAAAGCUGGGUUUUCCAGGAUUCUGUUGUCAUUCUGAACCUCUUCUCAUUCUGGUGCUCCUCCAUUAACAUACACUCCUAGGCCACUCCUACCAGCCACACACCCCACAGGCCACUGUCAUGAGCUGCAGUUGAAAAAUACUUCAAACUCAGGGUGUCCAAAAGAAGCAGUCUAUCUCCUACCUUUUUAUUAAGUUCAAUUUCAAUUCUGUAGCUACUUAUUGAGCAUUUACUGCUAUCAUUAAAAUGCUUCUUUUGUGUUUCCUUUAUUGAUGAAUGAUACCACCAUGCACACAGAAACCUGGGGGUCUUCACUGGCUUCUCUCCCUUUCACUCCCCUCACAUAGAAACAGUUACCUAUUGUUUUGGCCUCUGCAAUCUGUCCACUUUUCUUAAUACCCGUGACCACUGCUCUAUUUCAGGCCUUUCACCUGUUAUUUGAACUGCCAAUCUGAUCCCAUCCCCUUCUGGUUAGGCCCUUCGGUGGCUCCCCAUCACCUUCAGAAUUAAGUCCAAGCUUUUGAAUGUUCCUUCAGCGUGUUUAACCUGCAAGGCCCUUCAUGAUCUGGUCCCCGCCUGUUCUUGUAGCAUCACCUCUCGUCAUUUCCUUUUUCUCCACUACUUAAUCACACUGAGCUGUGUGCUCUCAUUCUCCUCUCUACUCUCCUGCAAAAUGCAGCAAGGUACCCCUAUUUUGGGGCCAGCUGCUUCUCUUGUUCCCAAAGCACCAUGUGCACACCUCAGUGCUGACUGCACUGACUGUGAUUGUUUGCCGUGAAUCCCUCCAGCCCACUCUGCUAGGUAGGGGCUCCUUUGCAGGAGGUUGUUUCAUAUGUUUUCCCCACACCAAAUACUGUGGUGCACAGUAGGUCCUCAUGAAGCAAGAACAUCACAGAAGUGAAGCUAGAGGGCUUUGGCUGGGGAUAGGAGCAUGGUCAUUGGCCUAUUCCUUAAAUCCUCGCAUACAAAUAUUUUUGAGUACCAAAUGUGUUCCAGGCCCUGUGCUAGGAACACCAAGAUAACAGUUCCUUCUGAGGCCUUCAAGGACCUCAGAGUUUAGGGAGGUAGAAACAAUUAAUAAUGAAUGAUGUAAGUGUAGUGACAGUUACACGUACAUUAUUUUGAGAGGAAAGGAGGAAGGAACACAAGGUACCCUGACCGAGGAAAUCGGGGGGAUGUUUAAGGAAGUGUUCUUAGAAAAGGUAAAUUGGUGGAAAACAAGAAUGUGGGGUGUUUAAGGAAACAUUCUUGGAAAAGCUAAACAGAUGUAAAACAGGAAUGGUGAAGGUCAGUAAAACAUAGUGGUCAAUAGAAUUGUUUUCCUCAUCUAUAAAAUGGGAUAAUGAUAGCCACUGUUGGGCUGCUAUGAGGAUUGAGUUACAGAAGUGUCUAGCACAGUGCCUGGAACAUAGUUUGUUUCAGGUAUAUAAUUCAUUCAUCCAGUUAUUCAAGUAUUUACUGAGCUUUGUGUGUCUGCCAGGCACCGUUUAAAGAGCUGGGGAUACUGUGGCAUGUAAGAAAGACAAACUCCCUGCCUUUGUGGCUUGAGUAGGUGGAGACAGGCAUUAAACAAGUAUACCAAAUACGAGCCAAAUAAAAACAAGUGAACAUAUGAACUAUAAGGCCUUCUGGUUAUGAGCUCUGAAUAAAGAAAACAGUAAGGAUACAGAUAAUGAUCGACUGGGAAGAAAGUAAUUUAGAGGAGGGUGUUGGGAUUUAAAAUGGGACCAGAGUUCAAUAGUAACUUCAAAAAAAAAUUUCAUGGAUUUAGAAGAGGGCAAACCCCACCUGGCAUGAUUGGUGGGAAGUCGAUUAUCAGUCACUUUAGGGCUCCUCCCCCUUCUGAGAUGUAAUUGUACCAGAAGGUUCACAUCAUUUGUGUGGUGUGAAAAAGUCUUUCAGACUUUCAAUGUCUCUGGUGCUAUUGCUUCUUAUGACCACAUGAUGGGACUAUCGAGGUACCAGUUUCCUGAUGGAUGCCUCUGCUAAGGGCCAGGUCGACCUGUCCUGCUCUGUGCUCUGAACCAGGGGUCCUUCCAUGGUGGGCAGCUCUGCAGUAGCUCCAUUUCCUCUGGAGAAAUUCAGAGCUCCUUCUGCAGGGCCCCAAGCCUUAGUGCACAGACUGUAUCAGCUUCCCAACAGCCACUCUUCCUGAGGUUCUGUCAUCACAGAGGGGCUGCUGGUCUGAGCAGGCUCAGUUCUCUAUCCCCAAGGAACAACAAAUUCUUUCCAUCUCAAAUCCUUGGAAAUCCACUCAAUGUCCCCCUGUCAAUCCUCACACAAAAUUUAGAGCCCAAAUGAAGGUUUCUCACAUAAAAUGUCUCGCUAGCUCACUGGGAAGCACAUGAAAGCUUCGAGAGCCUGGACCCUGACCUCUAGGAAUUAAGGGUUGGCUAACUUUGGUUGGGGGUUGUUACUUGUUUAUUUUCUUUCUCAUACUUCUGUAGCAGCAAAUAAUAAAAAUCAAGUUAAAACAAAAGUAA